AUGUCUUACGCCGACGCUGCUGCCAAGGGCCCCAAGCAAUCCCCAGAGGAAGCUCGCGCUCCCACCCUCGGCGGCAUUUACAAGGAUGAAUCCGAGAGCACGGCCUCCCUGAUCGACGUCGACUCGCCCCACGUCCAAGCCGUUGACCCCGACUUCCUUAACCAGGAGGUCAAGACCACCACCCAGGCGGAACGCCUCGAGCGCGAAGCCCAAGAGGAAGAGGCUCAGCGUGCGCGCGAGGAGUCUGCCAAGAAGGCCAAGCCCCGCAAGGCGAAGAGCAGUGGCUUGCCUGCUAACUCGGAUAACCCCGUUUUCAUCACCAACGCCGUGGUGGCUACUCUGGUCGGUGCGGGCUUGGGCUUUGGUGCUUAUCGCAAGCACGUGGAGGGCAAGUUGUCAUGGGAGGUUGUCGGACUGUGGACCGGUGCUGUCGGUGCCUUUGGUGUGGUGGACUACUUUGUGAGCAAAUGGUUCCUCCAGAACAAGUACCCUCCCAAAUAG